AUGUGGAACAUGGUGCACUACCGCAAGCUCAUCUACCUGGACUCGUACCUGCUCGUGCUGCACAACAUCGACGACCUCUUCCACCGCCCGCAGCUCUCCGCCGCGCCCGACACGCUGCCGCCCGACAAGUUCAACAGCGGGCUCAUGGUGGUGGAGCCCAACCGCGCCAUGUUCAAAGACAUGCUCUCCAAGAUUGCCACCCUCGUCUCGCCCAACGUGGGCGACCAGGGCUUUCUCAACAGCUACUUCUCGUCGUGGUACCAGCAGGGCCCCGUGCACCACAUCGACUACACGUACAAUGCGCUCGUGCGCAUCUCCGUGUCGCCCGGCUGGCGCCUGUUCAUCGAGCCCAAGCUCAAGGUGCUGCACUUCUCGGGCAACACCAAGCCCUGGAACAUGAUGGUCGACCGCCAGGUGUGUGUGCUUCACCUCCCCCGCUUGGCUGCCUCCUCCUCCUCCUCCUCCUCCUCCUCCUCCUCCUCCUCCUCCUCCUCCUCCUCCUCCUCCUCCUCCUCCUCCUCCUCCUCCUCCUCCUCCCUCAGCCCCUCCUUUUCCCCUCCCGUUCCUUUCAAAAUCCUCUCCCUUUCCCCCCGUCCCCACGUCCUCCCUUGCGCCAUGGCAGUUCCCCACCACGAGGGCGUUCGACCACCGGUGGUGGGAGCUGCUGCUGAGAAGGCUGGUGGUGGGGGGAGUGGAGGGGUUGGGGGGGGUGGGGAGAGCUUGGAGGCGGUGGCGACUGCUGCCCGGCUGGCAGCAGCAGCGGCAGCAGCAGCAGGGUCGCCCUCGGAGCCGCCCCAGCUGGCGCCGCAGUGCCAGCGGAACUACAUGGCGUAUGCACGCAAGCCACCGAUAACGGACAAGUUCAGUGUGAUCAUCAACUGCUUUGACCGCUUUGAUCUCAUGCUCUACUUUGUGCGGCGCUACGUGCGCUUUGAGUUCGUGCACAAGGUGUACAUCGUGUGGGGCAACACGCGCGUCACGCCCUUCCACCCCUCCUACUUCAACGUCUCCAAGCCUGUCGAGAUCCUCUACUCUGGCAUCGACUCGCUCAACGACCGCUUCAAACCCAUUCGGUCAGUGGAAAGAUGGCCAUACUCCUCCCUUCUCGCCCUGCCAUUCUCUUUCUCGCCCUGCCAUUCUCUUUCUUGCCCUGCCAAUCUCUUUCUUGCCCUGCCUCGUUCUUGUCCCCUAGAUUCCCCAUUCACGCGUGCCCCUCUCACUGCAUUCUGUUCCCCCAGCUCCCUGGAGACAGAGGCAGUGCUGAUGUGUGACGACGACAUCGAAGUGCAUCCAGGCGCGCUGCACGUGGCGUUUGAGCGGUGGCAGGAGGAGAAGUACCGCCUCGUGGGCUUCUUCCCGCGCGCGCACUACCGCGAGGUGAACGGGCCGCGCAGCGGGCAGAUGACGUACGUGCUGACGCCGCGGCAGGAGUACAGCAUCGUGCUCACCAAGAUGUUCCUCAUGCACGGCGACUACCUGCGCGCCUACACCUGCAUCAUGCCGCAGCGCGUGCGCGAGUACGUGGAGCGCAACAAGAACUGUGAAGACAUCACCAUGAACUUCGUGGUGACUCAGCUGUCGGGGCUGCCGCCGCUGCUCAUGGAGGACCCCACAAAGCUGGACUACGGCACGUCGUCCGGGUUGUCGUCCCGAGGGAGCCACGACAACUCCAGGUCCGUGUGCAUGAACGACAUUGCCAUCAUGCUGGGGUACAUGUCACUGCGCAACACAUCCGAGGCCGUCACCUUCUUCGAACGAGACAAGAUGGUCAAGGCGAGUCAAUCCGAGUCAACGGAUGCAUGCAUGGGAUGGUCAAGGCGAGUCAAAAAGGGCAUGCAGGGAAUGGUCAAGUCGAGUCAAUAA